AUGCUUAAAGCAUUAGAAUUAGUAUUAAUAAAUGCUAAUGUUAAUUCUAAUGAACCACCCCUACCCAGUUAGUUGAGGAAACGCUGUUCUGCCGUUAAAACGAUGUUUAAUGUCAUAUCGUUUAAACGAUGAUAUAUUGACCUAAUUACGCGUUUAUCACAAAAAAUGAUUUUGUAUGUCAUAAAGUAAUAUUAUGCUCUUGUCGUUUAAACUUCGAAUUGUAAAUGUCAUAAAUUGUGAUUCGUUGAUGUUAAAGCCAUAAUUUUUUAUUAUUUCAUCUGUCGUAAACGAUUCUUUACUCGAAAAAAAGGUUUGAUAUUCAAGAAUCAUCUUCGUCUUACUUGUAACUUGACCAUUCAUCUAAUUUUAUUAACUUGAUGAUGGACAAUACACGUUCGUACUUUUUCUCAAUAUCUCAAUACAUUCCAAUGAGUAGGUCUCCUUUUGUUUUCGAAAAAGCAUAAGUUAAAUCUUUAACAAGUUAAAAUAUUUAUUUAAAGAAAUGAAAGUUCGGCAUCUAUAUAACAUAAGACAUGAGUAGAAGUCUUUUCUACAAACUUUUCUUUUUGUUUUGAUAUUUGUUCAAAAGACUUCUACUCAUGCCUUAUGUUUUAAAGGUGCAUGAACUUUCAUUUCUUUAAAUAAAUAUUUUAACUUGUUGAAAAUUUAACUUCUGCUUUUUCGAAAAAAAAUGAGACCUACUCACUAGAAUGCGUUUAGAUAUUAUAAAAACCUGACUACACUCUUUCUUCUGACACAUCGAUCGUUUUUUAGAGUUUUUUUCUAUACUCUUCGUAGGUAAUUAGAAAUUUGUCGAUCGCUCAAGGAUGAUGCGUUUGUCUUACAUCUGAUAAAUAUUCUAUCGAAAUCUUCUCAAGUUUUCGUUACUAAUUCUCAAGUCUAGUUUAUUCUAAUACUUAUGGAGAAAUAUAUAAUUACCUACAAAGUUGUGAUUUAUGAUAAUCUCGAUGAAUAAUGAAAGAAGAAUCUAAAUUAGUUUAUUAGUAUCA